AUGUUGGCUGAUGACAACAACCUGGACAGCUCCAUCAGUACCACUGGGGUGGGCUUUAAGAUCCGGACCAUCAAGCUGGAGUGGAAGACUAUCAAACUCCAGAUACAGCAGAUCUUCCCAGAGGGAAGAGCUCGGUUCUGUGGAAGGGGCUGGGUGCUCUCAGAGCCUCUCCCAGGACUCAUUCAGCAAAUCAGCAACAUGCACCUGUGGCUAGAGACCAGCCGCUAUGCCGGCAAGAAGGUGCUGGAUUACAUCACGGCCAAGGGCAGGCCCUGGGAGGAGCAGAUUAGGCAAGAAGAUGUGUCCACGCAGGAAGUGCUGUUCCUGGAGACGAGCCCCAAGAACGCCACCAACAUGGAGCGGGCCUCCGUCACCAUGGCGGCCGAGCUCAAGAACCGGGCAGAGCACGAGUGCUUGACUUUCUCCCCCUUCCGCCCCCGGCUCAAGGCUGAGUAUGGCUGGAAGGGGAGCUGGAAAAGGUGA